AAUCAAAUACAUAGAAAAACAUUUCUUGAUCUUUCUUCUUUUUUUUUUGGACAAAAUAUUGUAGAAAUCCAUACUAAUUGUUAUCAAUUUUGGUUAGAAAUGUUUUUUUCUUUUCUUAUUUCUUGAAAAAGGAAAGGAGAAGAAGAAGAAGAGGAUGGGAACAUUUAAGAGUUUUAGACAGGCUUAUGGGGCUCUCAAAGACUCAACCAAGGUUGGCCUUGCAAAGGUCAAUAGCGAUUUCAAGGAUUUAGACAUUGCCAUUGUGAAAGCCACCAACCAUGUUGAAUGUCCUCCAAAAGAACGUCAUGUUCGAAAAAUAUUUUCAGCUACAUCAGUUGUACGACCACGAGCAGAUGUAGCAUAUUGCAUUCAUGCUUUAGCAAAGAGAUUAUCCAAGACGCGAAGUUGGAUUGUUGCUAUUAAGAUACUAAUAGUUAUUCAUAGAACAUUAAGAGAAGGUGAUCCUACUUUCAGAGAGGAGCUUCUAAACUACUCCCAUAGAGGACAUGUUCUCCAAAUAUCAAAUUUUAAAGAUGAUUCAAGCCCUCUUGCAUGGGAUUGCUCUGCAUGGGUUAGGACGUACGCACUUUUUUUAGAGGAAAGGCUUGAAUGCUUUAGAGUCUUAAAAUAUGAUAUUGAAGCAGAACGCUUGAUAAAAACAUCACCUGGUGGAAGCAAGGCAUAUAGUAGAACAAGACUUUUGGGUAGUGAUGAAUUAAUAGACCAAUUGCCUGCAUUACAACAACUUCUUUAUCGCCUUAUCGGCUGUCAGCCCGAAGGAGUGGCUUACAGCAAUUACCUUGUCCAGUAUGCCAUAACUCUGGUAUUAAAAGAGAGUUUCAAAAUAUAUUGUGCUAUCAAUGAUGGAAUUAUCAAUCUUGUGGAUAUGUUCUUUGAUAUGUCAAAACAUGAUGCAGUCAAAGCACUCAACAUAUACAAAAGAGCUGGUCAACAGGCAGAAAAUCUUGCUGAAUUUUAUGAAUACUGCAAAGGAUUGGAUCUUGCAAGGAACUUUCAGUUUCCAACAUUAAGACAGCCACCACCAUCAUUUCUUGCAACAAUGGACGAAUAUAUAAAAGAAGCUCCACAAACAGGUUCUGUCCAAAAUAGACUGGAAUAUCAAGAAAGAGAACAAUCACCCCCACCGCCAGAUGAACCGGUAGAAACAGCAAAAAACAAAGAAGAAAAAAUUGAUCAGGAGCAUAAAUCAUUGAUUGAUCAAGAAGAAGAGGCUCAACCUGAGGAGGAAUUGCAGGAACCUCAACCACUUAUAUCAACUGAAAAUAAUAUAGGAGAUUUGUUGGGUCUAAAUGAAAUCAAUCCAAAAGCUGUAGAGCUAGAGGAAAGCAAUGCAUUGGCUCUUGCAAUCGUUCCACCAGGCAAUGAUUCAGCAAAUCGUGGUUUAAGUGAAAUUGGUGGUACCGGAUGGGAGCUAGCACUUGUUACAACACCGAGCAACAAUUCAACUCAUGUGGUAGAAAGCAAAUUGGCGGGUGGAUUUGACAAAUUAUUACUAGAUAGCUUGUAUGAAGAUGAAGCUGCUAGGAGACAAAUACAGUUGACAAAUGCAGGAUAUGGAUAUGGACAAGAAGGUUUGGCUAUUGUGGAAAACCCAUUCCAGCAACAACAGCAUGAUCCGUUUAUAAUGUCAAACAACAAUGCACCCCUAACUAAUGUACAAAUGGCCUUGUUGGCUCAACAACAACAAUAUCAACAAGAGCCAAUGAUGUUACAACAACAACAUCACCAACAACACGUGACGAUGGUUCCUUACCAAUACCCUCAACAGCAACAGCAAAUGCAAUACAUGGGUUCUUCUAACCCAUUUGGAGAUCCAUUUUUUAAUUUCCCAACAACUUCAAAAUCCCAACCAGGAAGUCAUACACUGCUUUGA